UCCAAGGCAGAAGCCCGCAUGGGCACAAAGCCGUCAGAGCAGGUCCCAGGACUCUUCAGAAACAGAGGCCCCGAGGGGCCCACCUGCUCAGGCUAGGUGUGGUGUCCUGUGUCUUGGCCUUGCUCUCCUUGCCCGUCUACAGCCUGAGCUUCUGGGAGCCCGCGAGGGAGCAGCUAAAGACUGAGGGUCUGGUCUGUAAGUGGCUCUAGGAUGCGGGCUCCGGGUGCAGGUUCGGCUUCCGUGGCCUCGCUGGUGCUGCUAUGGUUGCUCGGGCUGCCGUGGACCUGGAGCACAGCGGCGGCGCUCGGCGUGUACGUUGGCGGCGGCGGCUGGCGUUUCCUGCGCAUCGUCUGCAAAACCGCGAGGCGGGACCUCUUUGGCCUCUCCGUGCUGAUCCGUGUGCGCCUGGAGCUGCGGCGACACCAGCGUGCCCACCACACCAUCCCGCAAAUCUUCCAGGCGGUGGCCCGGCAGCAGCCCGAGCGCCUGGCGCUGGUGGAUGCGGGCAGCGGUACGUGCUGGACAUUUGCACAGCUGGAUACCUACUCUAACGCUGUGGCCAACCUCUUCUGCCAGCUGGGCUUCACACCAGGUGACGUGGUGGCUCUCUUCCUGGAGGGCCGGCCAGAGUUCGUGGGGCUGUGGCUGGGCCUGGCCAAGGCGGGUGUGGAGGCCGCGCUGCUCAAUGUUAACCUGCGGCGGGAGCCCCUGGCCUUCUGUCUGGGCACCUCAGGCGCCAAGGCCCUGGUCUUCGGAGUGGAGCUGGCAGCAGCGGUGGCCGAGGUGAGCGGACAGCUGGGCAAGAGUCUGGUCAAAUUCUGUUCUGGAGACUUGGGGCCUGAGGGCAUGUUGCCGGACACCCAGCUUCUGGACCCACUGUUGAAAGAGGCCUCCACAGGCCCCCUGGCACAGCCCCCUGGCAAGGGCAUGGAUGAUCGACUCUUCUACAUCUACACGUCGGGGACCACGGGGCUGCCCAAGGCUGCCAUCGUUGUGCACAGCAGGUACUACCGCAUCGCGGCAUUUGGCCACCACGCCUACAGCAUGCAGGCGUCAGACGUCCUCUACGACUGUCUGCCCCUGUACCACUCGGCAGGGAACAUAAUGGGCGUGGGUCAGUGUCUCAUCUAUGGGCUAACUGUGGUCCUCCGCAAGAAGUUUUCAGCCAGCCGCUUCUGGGAUGACUGCGUCAAGUACAACUGCACGGUGGUCCAGUACAUUGGGGAGAUCUGCCGCUACCUGCUGAAGCAGCCAGUGCGUGAGGCAGAAGGGCGGCACCAUGUGCGUCUGGCGGUGGGCAACGGACUGCGGCCAGCCAUCUGGGAGGAGUUUACGGAGCGCUUCGGCGUGCGCCAGAUUGGCGAGUUCUAUGGGGCCACGGAAUGUAACUGCAGCAUCGCCAAUGUGGACGGGAAGGUUGGCUCCUGUGGCUUCAACAGCCGCAUCCUGCCCCAUGUGUACCCCAUCCGGCUGGUGAAGGUCAAUGAGGACACCAUGGAACUACUGCGGGAUGCCCAGGGUCUCUGCAUCCCAUGCCAGACCGGGGAGCCCGGCCUCCUUGUGGGCCAGAUCAACCAGCAGGACCCGCUGCGUCGCUUUGAUGGCUACAUCAGCGAGAGCGCCACCAACAAGAAGAUCGCCCACAGCGUUUUCCACAAGGGUGACAGUGCCUACCUCUCAGGUGACGUGUUGGUGAUGGAUGAACUGGGCUACAUGUACUUCCGGGACCGCAGCGGGGACACCUUCCGCUGGCGUGGGGAGAAUGUCUCUACCACUGAGGUGGAAGGCGUGCUGAGUCGUCUGCUGGGCCAGACAGAUGUGGCCGUGUAUGGGGUGGCUGUGCCAGGAGUAGAGGGCAAAGCAGGCAUGGCGGCCAUCGCAGAUCCCCACGGCCAGCUGUGCCCCAAUGCGCUGUACCAGGAGCUGCAGAAAGUGCUGGCCCCCUACGCCAGGCCGAUCUUCCUGCGCCUCCUGCCCCAGGUGGACACCACAGGCACCUUCAAGAUUCAGAAGACGCGGCUGCAGCGAGAGGGCUUCGACCCACGCCAGACCUCAGACCGGCUCUUCUUCCUGGACCUAAAGCAGGGUCACUACCUGCCUCUGGAUCAGGGUGUCUACACCCGCAUCUGCUCAGGCGCCUUCGCCCUCUGACGUUCCUCCUCUGCCCGCCAGAGACUCCAUGCCAGGCCCAGCAAGGGAGGCUGGCUUGAGCCAGACAGCCCUGCCCUGUCCUGGGGCAGAGAAUCUAGAUCCAAGGAGGAACUUGUGUCCCCCGCCUUCACCCUCCUCUCCCCUUCCCGGGGCCCCACCUGCCUUUCAUCAGGCUCCUGUGUCUGUGUGUGUAUCUCUUCUCCCUGCUUCCUGGCUUCCCCGCUGUCCCUGACUAUCCUCCCCUUUCUCCUCCAUUUCUCCUCCUCUCUUCUCCCCUGCCCUUUCCUGCCAAAAGCAGAACAGACAUUUCCUAUGCAGUGGGGCCUCUCCACCUUGUCUCAGCUGUGCCUUAAUGAGCCCCACCCAGUCUAGGCCUCCCUAGGCAGCUGGAUUCCAGGACGUUGUAGCCCUGUGUGAACUCCAGACAGGCCCUGCACCUCCUUGCUGAACUAAGGAGCUGGGAGGCGGUCUGUCUGGCCAACCCGGCGGUAGGGGGCCCUCAGCAAGGGACCUCUAGGUCAGCAGGAAAUCUCCCCCCAGGCCGGGCCAAUUGCCUUUUGCACUGCCUGUCCCUGGUGGGUCUCCCUUGCCUUGCCUGCCUUGCCUGAUGCCCCAGAAACUUCCAGAACUGACUUCCAGAACAGAAACUCCUACCCAGAUAUCCCUAUUCAGGCUAUCUCCAUAGAGCUCCUGCCGGAGGGGCCCUGAAGAUGGCUCUGGGUGGUUGCUUGGCCCACUGCUCAGAUGCUCACCCCGGCGGAGGCCUCUUGGGGCACUGCUGGGUGUGGCUGCUGCUGGGAGUGGCAUCAGCAGGGUUGGGGGAUGUCUCCAGUCAGGGGUGGCAUCUGAGAUAGCCUCUUGGGCCUGAGGAGUUCCAGCCUGUUGAAUGUCUGCUGGUCUUGCUAGUGACAGCUUGGACCCUGUGUUGGUGACAUCCUGAGACAAUGCUGCGAGGACAACUCAAACAUCGCCAUUGGCUUUGGUGGUGUCUCUUCCCAGACACCCACUGUUGAUGCCAGCAACCCAGACUGUCCCUCUGUCUCUCCCUCUAGCAGCACCGUCCGGCCCUUAGAACAGCAAGGCCAGUAGCAAGUGACCCCGUGCUGUUUCACAUGGGCCUUUCCAAGCACCAAGGUAUUGUUUCCUAGUUAAGUUUAAGAAAUAAACCUUCAGAGUAUCUGGUGCCUGGUGGGGGCUCAGUCACACACCAUUUGUCCCCAUGUGGCAUAGAGCCCUUUCUGGGCUUUAGAAGGCAGAACCCUCACCGGGGAACACACAGUGGCCAGACAUGAGCAAAACACGCUUGUCCUUUUUUUUAUAUUUUAGUUUUUAAAAUAGUUUCUGUGGCCUGUUCUCCCACCAGCGAGGCCCUGUGGGUCUGGGGACAGGGGGCACAUGGUUGGUGUUUCACCACCUCCCUGCAGUCUCUGGGGCCUCACAUUGCCCUGUGCUAGCCUCAGUGGUCCCAGGAGACUGCCGGCCGAUCUGCCUGUGGGUUCGGUCAGGUGCACAGGGUGGCCCAGGACAGAGGGUGUGUCCUGGUAUAUCUGGCUGCCCCAGGAAGGGUGCCGCUCAGUGUGCAGGGCCAGCAGGUUUGGCCAUAGCUCUGGGUGAGAGCCCACUGGGCCUGCGAGUAUCGCCAUCUUAGCUGGAUUUUAAACCUGGGACGUUGAGCUCCAGAGUGUAUACUCUCAGCCCUCAAAUUCUGCUGUCCCCCCUCCAGAAUUACAAUGUCUUUCUCAUCUUGUCUCCACUUCAGAGACUGAGGAAGAAAGUCUUAAGAUGAUGGAGUAUUUGCUGGGUGGGGGUACCCAGGGGGCAACCUUUGGCCAGCUCAAAGAUGGAUCACUGAUGGAUGGGGCUGGUCCUUGAAUGUCCACAGUGCAAGAGAGGGAUGCAAGGUAUAGCCUUUGAGAAGCCCAGUGAGGAUGAGAGAAGGAUCUGUUGCCACUGGGAAUGGAGCAUCAGUGGUGUGUUGAUAAGCAAGUGCAUUCUGGGUAACAUCCCUUUAGAUACCCCAACCACCUCCAAAGGUGUCAUUAUGGUCCCUGUUGUCCAGAUGAAGAAACUGAGGCUUAAGGAAGGGAAUGAAGUCUUUGUCAGGGGCUCUUGAUGAGAAAGUGGUCCAGUGGGGACCUUUCUCAUUGCAAAGCCUGCAACUCUAGCUGCAGCGUAAGAAGUUCCCUCCAAAUUGGCAAGAAAAUCAUCCUGAUGACUCUUAGGAUCAGGCUCUGUUUUGCUUUUUAAAAUGAAUUAACAUUUUAUUAGGGCUAGUUUUAGGUUUACAGACAAGUAAGCAGAAAGUACAGAGAUUUUCCAUAUACCCUUGCACCCCUGCACCACUAUUUCCCCUAUAAUUAACAUCUGGCAUUAGUGUGUGACUUUUUUUAUACUUGAGCUAAUUUUGAAACAUUAUUAACACAAGCCCACAGUUUACAUUAGGAUUCACUCUGUGUUGUACAUUCUGUGGGUUUCAACAAAUGCGUAAGACAUACAUCCACUGUUAACAGUGUCACAAAGAAUCAGAUGGGCUGCUUUCACUGAGCAAGAUGCAUUUGAGGGUCCUCUGUGCUGUCUUGUGACUUGAGAGCUCUGUAUUUUUUAUGCCUAAUAAAAAGCUCUGUGACUUGCCCCAGGGACCCUCGGUAAAUCAGGAAGAAAGCUGGGAUCGGAAGGUCCUCUGCCCCAAACCUUUCCGUUUUGGAGGGACCCUGGAAGGAUACACACAGAGGUGACGUCUGUACUUGUGAUGGGGGAAGAGAAACCCCAGCUUGGUGUCAACAAGUGUGCUGUGAGAGGCAGGGGCUGAGCGGUUUGUGAUGGACGACGCAGGAGAAACGGCUGCCCAGGAGGGCAUAUGGAGGAGGGAGAGGUGGAGCUACAAGAGCUUCCCACGAACAGGUGGCUGCAGGCUGGGUCCCUGCCCCACACCUUUCAAGGGUCUCCAUCACUCUGGGGAAGUGUCCAGGCUCUUUGGCUAGCACUGCCAUCCUGCAGGCUCUUUUCCUUGCACCAUGGAUGGUCGUUUCCAAUCUGUCUGGCUUCCAUGCUUUGCUCCUGCUGUCUCUUGUGCUCGAACCACGGUUCUGCCUUCCUGUGCCUGGCCAACUCCAACUGAUUUAUUGCUUGAUUGAGCUAUUAUUCAUAUAUCAUAAAAUUCACCCUUUAAAGUUGUGCAAUUCAGCGACUUUCAUUAUACCCACAAGGUUGUGCAACCAUCCCAUCUGUCUAGUUCAGAACAGAAACCUCAUGUUCAUUAGAAAUCACUCCCCAUGCCCUGCUCCCUAGUCUCUAGCAACUACCUUCUGUCUCUACAGAUGUACCUGUUGUAGACAUUUGCUAGAAGUGGAAUCAUAAUACGUGACCUUUGGGUGUCUGGUUUCUUUCACUCACAUGUUUUUAAGAUUCAUCCAGGUUGUAGUUCAUUCCUUUUUAUGGCCAAAUAGUAUUCCAUUGUAUGGAUAGACUACAUUUUGUUUAACCAUUCACCAGUUGAUGGGCAUUGAGUUACUUCCAAUUUUGGAAUGAGUAAUGCUGCUGUGAACAUUCAUGUAAUUAGGUUUAUUUACUUAUUUUUAAUGGAGGUACUGGGGAUUGAACCCAGGACCUUGUGCAUGCUAAGCACUCACACUACACUGAGCUAUACCCCACUCCCCUAAACAUUUAUGUAAAAGGUUUUGUGUAUGUCCAUCCUUAAUUCUCUUAGGCAUAAUCUUAGGUGUGGAAAUGCUAGGUCACACAGUAGCUCUAUGUUUAAUCUUUUGAGGAACUACCAGACUGUUUUCCAAAGUGAUUGCACCAUUUUAUAUUCACACCAGCAGUAGUAUGUAAGUUCCAAUUUCCCACAUCCUCGUCAGCACCUCUUAUUUUCUUUUUAAUUAUAGUCAUUUUAGUGGGUGUAAAGUGUUACUUCAUUGUAGGUUUUUUUUUAACUUAAAAAAUUCAUUUUAUAUGUUUA